AUGUCUCAAUCACUGGUCUCACUGUCCCCAGCCAAGCUCAAAGAGCUCAAGUCGGGCGAGACGGUAUCGAUCUUGUACAAAGGACAUCAGAAUGCAGAAGCCCAUGUCCUGCGCGAAGGUCUGCCCAAGAAGAUAGCAACUACCUUCUCCACCAAGUGGAAGGAUGAGUUCCUGCCGGUCAACAAGCUCAAGGUGGCUGAUCUCCAAAAGUCUGCUGCGAAAAAACAAAUCACGAUUGUUGGGGGAAACAAGGUGAUUCACAAGAACAUCCUUGAUUGGAUGGUGUCUUGCUGUGAAGGAAAGGGUAUCCAACACUUUGACAACCCUCCAUUCAAAGUUUUCGCCUACCUGUACUUUGCACGUAACUGUGCUGCCAUCAUUGGGUGCGAGUAUCUCGAGAAGAACAUCAUCAAGCGCAUGGAUGGUCUGGCGGGAACUCAGAUCCACAGUGAAGAUGUCCGCAUGCUCUGGCUCCAGAAUCCGCCAGAUAUUGAAAUGCAAAAGCUCCUUGCCGAGCACGUUGCCGUCCGUUUCUGGAACAAAACUCUCAAAGCCAAGGGAUCGUACCGUACACUGAGAGAGGAAAUCCCUGCUUUCAACAAGGCAAUCGACAACAUCUUGAACGCAAAGAAGGCACGUGGUGAGAAGAGUCCACCAGGGCCGGGUCGAAAGUACGCUGGUGCAGGAAAAUACCAAAUGGCACAGAAGAAAACAACUGAGACUGCAAACGUGACUCCAGGGGCUGAGAACGGGACAAAGGUUGUUGUUGUCAAGGCUAAGGUCGUUAGACAUGGAACUCAUGGCCGUCCGACCUACGCCAAAUUGGACUUGGAGACUGUCGGCGUGACAAAGGCAAAGUACAGCAAGCGUGAAUAA